UCACGCUCAUUGUUGCUGCGGUCAGUUAAUUCUCCAAUUGUUCGCGGACUUUAUUGACGGUCACAGAAUUUAUUACAAAAUUAAAAAAUUUUUCAGUUCUGCUAUAAUACAGACGAUUACAACGAUUUUGAACGUACAUAAAGCUUUUCUGUUGGAAUAUAAGCCCGUUGGUUGAUAUACGAAAAAGAAAGCUAGUAGGAUGGCAUUAAAUAAAUUGAGUAUUGAUUCACUGAACAUUACCAAUAAAAGAGUAUUAAUCAGAGUGGAUUUUAACGUUCCUCUGAAAGAUGGAACCAUUACAAACAAUCAAAGAAUUGUUGCUGCUUUGGAUACGAUUAGGUUUACUAUUGAAAAACAAGCAAAAAGCAUUGUGCUGAUGUCACAUUUAGGUAGACCAGAUGGAAAAGUUAACUUAAAGUAUACAUUAAAACCUGUGUCGGAGGAAUUAAAAACACUUUUAAACAGGUACCUGCCUGCGUGUUGCUGUAGGGACAUUCUGUUUCUGCCUGAUUGUGUUGGAACUGAGGUAGAAGACGUUUGCAAAGAUCCAAAACCUGGAUCUAUAAUUUUAUUGGAAAACUUACGAUUUCACAUUGAAGAAGAAGGCAAAGGUUUAGACAACUCAGGAAAUAAGAUAAAGGCUGAUCCGGAAAAAGUUAAACAGUUUCGUGAAUCAUUACGCAAACUGGGAGAUAUUUAUGUUAAUGAUGCUUUUGGCACAGCACACAGAGCUCACAGUUCAAUGUUAGGUGAAGGAUUUGAAAUAAGAGCAGCUGGAUUUUUACUGAAAAAGGAAUUGGAUUAUUUUGCAAAAGCAUUACAUAAUCCCGAAAGACCGUUUUUGGCUAUCCUUGGUGGCGCAAAAGUUGCCGACAAAAUUCAACUUAUUGAAAAUUUAUUAGAUAAAGUAAAUGAGAUGAUAAUCGGCGGUGGCAUGGCAUACACUUUUCUCAAAGUGUUGAAAGAUAUGAAGAUCGGAAAUUCGUUAUUCGAUGAAGAGGGUGCGAAAAUUGUUAACCGCCUGAUAGAAAAGGCAAAGGCAAAUAAUGUGCAAAUCCACUUGCCAAUUGAUUUCAUCACAGCAGACAAAUUUGCUGAAGAUGCGAAGGUUGGUCAAGCAACAGUCGACGGUGGCAUUAAAGAUGGUGAAAUGGGCCUAGAUAUAGGCCCACAAACUAUAAAACUUUUCAGAGAGCCAAUUCUCAGAGCCAAAGUAAUCGUGUGGAAUGGACCCGCUGGCGUAUUUGAGUUUGAAAACUUUUCAAAAGGUACCAAAAGCAUAAUGGAUGCAGUAGUUGAAGCCACAAAAGCAGGAUCUGUGUCUAUAAUUGGUGGAGGUGAUACGGCAACGUGUUGCGCAAAAUUCGGCACCGAAGAUAAAGUGUCCCAUGUAUCAACUGGAGGGGGAGCAAGCUUAGAACUUUUGGAAGGGAAAGUCCUUCCUGGCGUAGCCGCUCUUUCAGAUCGGGAGUAAAAUAUACUGUAGUGAACAAAGCAUAUUGUGUAUAUGUUUGUUAUCAUAAAUGUGUAGUAAUGUUACAGUAUAUAAAAUGUCACAUUUCAUCUACAAAUUAAAAGCAUUAAAAAAAAACA